CCGAGGAGGACCAGCCACUGUCCUCUCCUCAGCAGGACUUUACCACCAGCAACUCUCCCCAUCCAGGUUUUGCUGAAGGGAAAGGAAGGAAACAGCAUUUCCAAUUAUGUUCUCUGGGCUCUUGCUUGUUCUCUCUCUUGUUCACAGCUCUCUGCAGCUGCCGGACAUUAAAACAUUUUUAGUGUACAAUAAAGUCAACAGGCUCUGUCUUGAGGCAUCUAUUGCACAGUCAGUUAGAACUGCCACUUGCAAUCAAGACAACGAAUCACAAAAAUUCAGGUGGAUCACAGAUCAUCAGCUUAUGAGUGUGAAACUUAAACUGUGCCUGGGGGUGCCAUUGAAGAAGGAUCAGACCAUGGUCACCCUGUAUCCCUGUAAUCCAAAAAGUGAGCUCCAGUGGUGGGAAUGCAGAAAUGAAAGCAUCCUUGCAAUCCAAGGAGAAGAUUUAUUUUUCAGUCCUGGCAAUGAAGAGCAUGAUAACGUUUUGUUAAAGAAGGAACUAAGUGCACAGAAUAAAUGGAAUAUCUAUGGGGCCAUGGAUGUUUUAUGUUCCCAAGGAUAUGAAGAGACCUUCACGCUGCUGGGCAACGCUUUUGGGGCGCCGUGUGUUUUCCCUUUCCUGUACCGUCAGCAGUGGUGGGCGGAGUGCACGGCCGUGGGCCGCGCCGAUGGCCGGCUCUGGUGCGCCACCACCGCCAGCUACGACACGGAGCAGCGAUACGGCCUCUGCCCCUCCACAGAUCAAGACAGCACAUGGAAUACAGAUCUGUCAACAAAUAUUCACUACCAAAUAAAUUUUGACUCAGCUCUCACAUGGCACCAAGCCAGGAAGAGCUGUCAGCAGCAAAACGCAGAAUUACUGAGUAUCACAGACAUUCAUGAACAAACAUACCUUAAAGAAUUAACAGAAGGUACAGAUUCUGCACUGUGGAUUGGACUCAACAGACUGGACUUGAGUAGUGGAUGGGAGUGGAUUGGGGGCAGCCCUUUCCACUACUUAAACUGGGCUCCAGGAAGUCCAUCUCCAGAAUCUGGAAAGCUCUGUGCAGUUUUGAAUCCUGAAACAAAAGCUAAAUGGCAAAAUUGGGAAUGUGAUCAGAAACUUGGUUAUAUUUGUAAGAAAAGGAAUUUUACUUUGGUUCCUUCAGGUGACCCUGGGCCUGUCACCUGCCCAGCUGGAUGGGUGCCCUAUGUGGGUCACUGCUAUAAGAUCUUCAGGGACAGCAAAGGAUGGGAAGGAGCUUUGGCCUCUUGCCAGAAGGAAGGGAGUCACUUGGCCAGCAUCCAAAGCCCUGAGGAGCACAGCUUCAUGGUGUCUCAGCUUGGGUACAAGCCAACAGACAAGCUGUGGAUUGGGCUGAAUGACCGUGAGGUUCAAAUGUAUUUUGAGUGGAGUGAUGGGACCCCAGUGACAUACACAAAAUGGCACCUGGGAGAGCCAUCCACUACAAACAACAGGCCAGAAGACUGUGUCCUGAUCAAGGGCCAGAAUGGCUAUUGGGCAGACCAUGUCUGUGAGAAGAAGGCUGGCUACAUUUGUAAAAGAAAAGCUACAUUACAAAGAGCUGGAGAACAAGAAAGUAGCCUUGCAGGUUGCAAAAAAGGCUGGAGAAGAUAUGGGACCUACUGCUAUCUUAUUGGACAUGUUCCAGCAACAUUUUCAGAAGCAAACACCACUUGUGAAGGAGUAGAAGGUUACUUAGCCACAGUUGAAAGUAGGUAUGAACAAGCCUAUCUGACUAGCCUUGUUGGGCUGAGGCCUGAGAAAUAUUUCUGGCUUGGCCUCUCUGAUGUGCAGGAUCAAGGCACUUUCAGCUGGGCCAAUGGUGAAGCUGUCUCCUUCACACACUGGGAUGCAGGGAUGCCUGGAAAUAAUCCAGGAUGUGUAGCCAUGAAAACAGGGACUGCAGCUGGAUUAUGGGAUGUUCUUGACUGUGAGACAAAGCAAAAAUAUAUUUGCAAACAAUGGGCAAAGGGUGCAACAGUUCCACCUGUUCCAACUACUGCUCUGGUCCCCACAUGCCCUGAAGGCUGGGUAUCAAACAACUAUAGAAGUUCCUGUUUUAAAUGUUUUUGCCGAUCACAUACUAGAAAGAAAUCAUGGUUUGAAGCGCGAGACUUUUGCAGACAAAUAGGAGGGGAUCUAGUCACCAUUAACACUAAGGAGGAGAUGCCAUUCCUAAUCCAAGCAAUGAGAGCUGCUCGCUGUCUGUUUAAAAAAGUUUGGCUUGGUAUAUUUUCCUUGAAUCCAGAUGAAGGAUUUGCCUGGAGUGAUGGCUCUCCAGUUAGGUACACAAACUGGGAUGGUAGUCCAAGGAACCACGGACGACUCCAGUUUUGUGGCUUAUACAAUGAUGGGGGAAAUUCUCUACCAUGGUCUCUUUCGGUCUGUCAAGUACAGCAUAACUGGGUUUGCCAGAUAAAACAAGGAGUGUUAUUAAAACCUGAACCAAUUGACGCAUAUGAAUAUAAAACCACUGCAGAUGGAUGGGUCAUAUAUGAAGAUAAGCUCUACUAUAUCAGCAAAGAACAGGUCUCCAUGGAAAGAGCCCAAGAGUUUUGCAGGAAGAAUUCUGCAGACCUAGCUGUUGUUAAUAGUAACAGUGAGAGAAGGUUCCUGAAGAGAGCACUAAAAGAAAAUGAGAGGUAUGGGGGAGAGCAAAUAGGAUACUUCAUUGGUCUGAGAGUGAGCCUUGAUAAAAAGUUCAGCUGGGUGGAUGGAACUCCAGUAACCUAUGUGGCCUGGGCUCCUAAUGAACCCAACUUUGCAAAUAAUGAGGAAAAUUGUGUGGUUAUGCUGUCAGAGCAUGGCCUGUGGAAUGACAUUAACUGUGGUUCUGUCAAUAAAUUUGUAUGUGAAAAACAUAACAGUUCUAUUAAUUCAACAUUUCCUUCUCCAUUGGCUCCUGGAGGAUGUCCAGAAAGUUGGAUAUUUUUUAACAACAAGUGUUUCAAAAUAUUCGCUUCCAAUAUAACAAGAAAUCUCACGUGGCAUGCUGCACAAGGUGUUUGCUUCAAUUUGGGAGGAAACCUGGCUACUAUACCAAAUGAACAAGUGCAAGCUUUCCUCUUCUAUCAUUUGAAGCAUGCCACAACUAAUGUUUGGAUUGGAAUGAAUGAUAUAAACAGAGAGUCCACAUUUCUUUGGGCAGAUGGAAGCACUGUUUCCUACACCAACUGGGUUAAUGGUGCACCAGAAAAGCAGCAAAGCUACUUUGACUAUUAUGAGUUUGAAACAGUGGCAGAUGAUGCUCUGGAGACAGAUUGUGUCUUCAUCAUGAAGUCAGAUGGGAGGUGGAGAGAUGAUAGCUGUGACAACGAAAGAGGCUAUGUGUGCCAGAUGAAUUCACUUCCCUCACAGCCUGAAUUACCAACAACAAAUCCAGCCUCUGGCUUUACUCGUUAUGGUGACAGUAGCUAUUCAAUCAUUUCAUCUGAAAUGCAAUGGGAAGAGGCCAGAAGAAAUUGCCAAGACAAAUCUGCGGAUCUUGCCAGCAUUUCAGAUGCCUACAUCCACUCAUUCUUGUGGAUCCAGAUGCUGAAAUAUGGAAAACCUGUAUGGAUUGGUCUUAACAGCAAUAUGACUGGUGGCUAUUACAAAUGGACCAAUAACUGGAAAACUAGGUACACAAAAUGGGCAGCUGGGGAACCAAAGGAAAACAAUGCUUGUGUUUACCUUGAUCUUGAUGGUACUUGGAAAACAGCAUCUUGCAAUGAAAGCUACUUUUCAGUUUGCAUGAUAUCAGAUGAGAUAGCUCCUACUGACCCUGCUGCUGAGCUGCCUGGGGACUGUCCUGAAGGAGAUGAACUCCAAACUUGGAUCCCUUUCCAUGAUCACUGCUACUACCUUGAAGCAUCAGCUGGGAGAACCUGGGGGCUGGCCUCCCUUGAGUGUGCUCGCUUAGGAGCUACUUUGGUUUCAGUAGAAAACACGGAUGAAUCUCACUUUCUGACUCGUAAAAUUCAACCACUUGGAAAUAAAGUAGGAGGCUUUUGGAUAGGACUUUACCAGAAUGUGGAAGGUCAGUGGUUGUGGCUAGAUAAUACUGUCCUGGACUUUGUUGACUGGGAGGAGAAAGACUUGGAUGUGGAGCAUAAGUGUGUGGAAAUAACUGCACCAUCUGGCUACUGGGACAAAAGUGAUUGCUCUGCUGAAAAAGGAUUUAUCUGCAAAAAACCCAAAGUUGAGCCGAAUGGGAGUCCUAGAAAGCAAAAAGGCAAGGAAAAGAAUGAAGAGACUCGCCCACCUGUUCAUGCCUCUGUUUGGCCACUCAUUUUCUUCACUGUUAUAACUGUUUUUGGAGCUGGCAUGGCAGCCUGUUUCUACAAAAGAAAGAGACAAAACCAGCUCUCAACAGAUUCUGGCAAUGAAACAUUAUUAAGAUGAUGUCUUGGUGACAGAAGAAUUGGUGAGAAUGGGUACUGCGGCAUGGUACUUGGAGCAGCAAGUUACUGCUGAAAUUAAAGAAUGUAUCUGUUAAAAGUCUGCAGUGAGAUAAUAAGUGAGAUCUAGUGUAACCUUACAUUAAACAUUACACAAAUUAAAUAAUUUUCCUCUUUUAGCAUUAGCUGUUUUUUUUUUUAUCAUGCAUAUUUUACAAAGUCAGAAUUAGAGUUUGAUGUUACAAUUUUGUAAUGGUCAAGAUGUUCUCAAGUGCCUUAGCAAGGAUGGUCAUGCAAAAAAUCUUGUCAAAAACAAUUACAUGUACUGAAAAAGGACUAUGAAAGUCAACUAGUAAGAUUGAAUGCCCAAUAAAGUGUGAAUGCCAUUUAGAACUGCAUUGCUGUGAUAUUGUGGACACUAAAAAAUCUCAAAAAUUAGAACCUGUCUAACUCUUUUGCAAACUUAAACACAUUUAACCCCACAAACUUCGUGGCAUCAGACCAGUACUUUUACUGUUCUUUAUGGGUAAAUCCUAUUACACUUAUAAAAUUGCUUCACAUUAUUUUCUUAGAAAACUUUGGGAUAGAAAACCUUGUCAUGUUCAAUUUCUGCUAUGGAAAACACAGUUAAUGUCAGCAAAGAAUAUUAGGACCAGGUAUAAGUUAUAAUCAUUUUCAAUUCAAUGAUGUGAUUUUUAACUGUAUUAUGUUCCUUUACAUGAAUUAAAAUAUUCUUACCCUGACAUUUUUUUGCUUCUUU